AUGUUUGGUUUGAACUUUGGUCAUCAUGUAUUGCUUCAUUUCAUCGAAGAUGAAGGUUCUAUUGGAAGCGAGUUGCAUUUCAGAGACGGGAUUCUGUACUUACUACUUGUUGGCCUAUUUUAUAAAGGUAUAAAGGUUUGUGAUUUUGGGCUUUCCCGCUUAAAGGCCAAUACAUUUCUCUCUUCCAAGUCAGCUGCUGGGACUCCUGAGUCGAUGGCUCCAGAAGUUCUUCGCGACGAGCCAUCAAAUGAGAAGUCUGAUAUUUACAGCUUUGGAGUAAUCAUGUGGGAGCUUGCAACAUUGCAACAGCCGUGGGGUAAUUUGAACCCGGCACAGGUUGUUGCUGCUGUAGGCUUCAAGGGAAAAAGACUUGAGAUCCCGCGCGAGUUGAAUCCCCAAAUAGCUGCAAUAAUUGAGGCUUGCUGGGCCAAUGAGCCUUGGAAACGCCCUCCUUUCGCCAGUAUUAUGGACUCUCUGUGGUCAUUACUCAAACCCCCUACACCUCAACCUGGUCUUCCAAACAUACCAAGUCUCACCUGA